AUGGUGGGCGUGAACAACCAGACUUUCACCACGAUUCCCACGCUCGACCUCUCUCUCGCCGACUCGCCGAGGAGCAAGCGUCUUCUGCUGUCGGAGCUGCGCAAUGCCUUGGUCGUCGUCGGCUUCUUCUACCUGACCAGCACCGAGAGAUGGAUCAAGCCCGAGACGAAGAGCCGCUUCGUUGAGAAGUCCAUCGAGGUGUGCAACAUGCCGAUGGAGAAGAAGCUCGAGAUCGACAUGAUCAACAGCAAGCAUUUCCUCGGAUACUCGAGAAUGGGGUGCGAGAGAACCGCUCGCAAGAUUGAUCACCGCGAAAUGUUCGACUUCCUAUCCCCCCUGCCGGCACCGGGGCCAGAUGACCCGGUGUACCUGAACGUCCAAGGUCCAAAUCAGUGGCCGGACAGCCAAACGGUUCCGGGCUUCCGAGAGGCGCUCGAGACAUACCUCGCGGAAGUGGGCGAGCUGGGGCACUUCAUGCGCGACCUGGUGGCGGAAGCGCUGGAGCUCGACCCGGGCAACCUGGCCAGCUUCUUCAACGACCCGCCGCGCAACAAGGUGUCGCUGCUCAAGUACCCGGAGCCGGACCCCACGACCGAGUGCCAGGGCGUGGGCUCGCACAAGGACGGCGGCUUCCUCACCUACCUCCUGCAGGCGACGCCGCACGCGGGGCUGGAGGCGCAGAACAAAAAGGGCGAGUGGAUCGCCGUGCCGCCGCGGCCGGACGCCCUCGUCGUCAACGUCGGCCGCUCGCUCGAGGCCAUCACCCACGGCGUGUGCACCGCCACCACCCACCGCGUCAACCUGCACCCGAGCCACUUCGAGGACCCAACCGCCACCGCCCGCUCCCUGGGGCCCCGCUACUCGUUCCCAGUCUUCCAGACGCUGAAGCUCGACCUGUCCACCGAGAAGCUGCUGUCGCUGCGCCUGCCCGCCCACGUCGCCCGCCUGGUCGCCGACGAGCACGUCAAGUCGGACGCCGAGGCUUAUUUUGCCACCUACCACCGCCAGAACCCGGGCAUUGGCAUCUUCACCGCUCGUCUGACCAGUCACCCCGACGUGGGCAGGCGGUGGUAUCCCGAAAUCGCGGCCCAGGUCUUGAAGGGGCAGGCGGCGUUUGGCGGCGUGUAG